AUGAUUUUGGCAUUUUCCUUGUUUUCAUUCAGGUACUUAGACUUAGUUUUGGUGCACUAUCCUCGUCCAUUUACAACUGAUGACAAGGAUGAACGUAACAAGAUUUACCGCAAGGAGGCGUGGCUUGCUCUUGAAAGCUUGAAAAAGGACGGAAAAAUUCGUUCCAUCGGUAUUUCCAACUAUGAAAUAUGUCAUAUCGAGGAGAUGCAUGAAUACCGUACCAUUGAGCCAACUGUCAAUCAGGUGGAAUUUCAUCCACAUUUUCAACGGAAGGAGCUUCGUGAAUUCUGUCAAAAGAACGGAAUUCUUUUUCAGGCAUUCUCUCCAUUCGGGCGUGGGAAUAGUGCUCUAUUGAAUGACCAAAUUAUGACUGGUAUUGCUGAAAAACAUCAUACGACUGUUUCGUCUGUCAUUCUAACAUGGAUCGUGCAAAGUGGAAACGGUGUCGCCGUGAAAUCAAAGAGCAUUGAGAGAGUUUCCGAAAACUUCAAGAUGUCUUUUCAAGUGAGUGUUGCUGUCAAUGAUGCGCCACUGCAGAAGAUAACUGUGACACCAAGCACGACGAUUGGAGAUCUUCACAGCGAUGCUAUUCUGGUUUGGAAGGAUAUGGCUAUCGUGUAUGACGUUACGGAGGGAAACGGAAACGGGCCGGCAACCACUUUGGAACAACUCGGAGUCAAUUCCCUCUCUAUGAUCUACGUCUACACAACUUCCUUCCCAUGCCCGUCUGGAGACAUCCGGUCUAUCGUUCCAGCACAAGUCCGACUUAUAACCCAGUUCGCUUCUGCUGCUUCGAACCUUUUUAAUCAAGCAAAAACCACAGCUCCUUCAUCAUCAUCGAAUCAAAAUGCUCGUACUUCACAACAGGCUGACGACGGCGAUGAUGGAUCGAUUAAAACAAUGUUCUCUCGGAAAGUUCUGGAGAAGCCAUCUAUGCUCAAAGCUCUGACAGAAAACAUGUUCUUCCGAUUGAAAAAUGAGGCACAUAAGCUCGCAUUUCAACUUCCGGAUCUCGUUGAACGGUUUACUCAGAAUAAGGACCAGACAUACAGUGAGUCUAUUCUUUGUAUUUUAAAAUUUAAUUUCGUUUUAUUUUCAGAAGAAUUCGAGGCAUUUUUCCGUUCAUACAUUGAAGAGGAGGUUCAUAAAGAGGAAAUCAUUCAGAACAACCCAAACUCCGCGGAAGCAAAAAUGUUCUUGGAAGCUAGACGCAACAAGGAAUUGAUCAAUGAGCAGUAUGUUCAUGUAAGCUGUUAA